AUGUCUUUUCUCUACAACUCCCGCACUAUUGAUAGGGCCUUGAACAAGAUCCGGCCCCCUGGAUACACAGGCAAUCGCAGCCCAGCAUUUCAGGAGAGCCGACGAAACUGGCUCAGAAACAUAUCCAAAGAGUCCAUAUGUGCUGAAUACACCGACUUCAUCUUUAAUGGUAGACCAGGAUGCGGAAGUACCCUUGAUAAAAGCGAAUGCAAGGCCUUGAAAGAGACCUUUGCUUCUCAUGCUAAUGCAGAUAACUUAUGGGACAGUCAGUCACUUCAGGCUUGCUUUGCGGCACGGAUUCCUCACGAUGAGAAGUAUAAGAAACUCCUUGAAAGUUGCGCAUCUUCUCUCUGGACUCUAACCACUUACUUCGCCCAAUGGCCCUUUAAUGACGCCCUCUCGACAACACCUGAACCAACAACCCUGACGUUCGAAUCCUAUGUCCGCGCCAUAGCCUUCCUCUGCGGCAGGCAAAAUAGUAUGCUUUGGCCUACCCACCUAGCAGAGAAUGGGUUUGCGCGGACCCAUAUUCUGGCACUAGAGCACAUCUUCCGAGCGUUGGCUAUAGCUCCAGAGAUAGCGAAACAGGCUUCUGAUUCGAGCUGUGAAGAUGAAUCUCUGUUGUCGCCCCAACAGCGCGAGGUAUUCGACGUUGUAUACACAGUACAACCGAGUCUGUCCGGGUCCACUGAAAGAUUGGAAGAAGAGCUGAUCCCAACAGCUCGUUGGUUGUCACCCUCCCAGCGUCCGGUAUUAUCCACCUUGUCUAUCUCCACCAUGGUCCUUAUCCCGCUCCUUGACUUUAUUACACCGCUCUUAGAGUAUACUCACCUACCUUGCGGUGAGGUAUUGCCCAAGAGGUUCAAGGUCGUGAGCUCCAAGCUACAGAAUUUUGAGGAGGUGUCAUUUAGCGACUUUACCGAGUGGUCAGGCGACGAUACCAUGUAUAAUUUUUAUAAUUCCAUUGCCGUUCUUUUUAGCACUGUUCUCUAUCCGGAAAGUUUGAGGAGAUAA